CUUCUCUCUCCUCCAUCAUCCUCCUCCAAGUUUGAGAACCCAGAUCUAGGUUCUCCUUCAACAGAUCAAGGAGGGGGGAAGAGAAUGAAGAAGGGAGGAGAGAGAAAGAAGAAGAAAAAUAAAGGAGGAGGAGGGAAAAUAAGGUUGAAAAUCAAAGAACCAAUGCUAUGUGAAAAAGAGGGUUGCCAAGAUCUACACGGUGGAGAACUUGCAAGAGGAGAUGUGGUAGGAGAUGAGUGGCGAAAUGGUGGUGAAGAAAGAGAGAGAAAUAUGGGUAACAAGGAAAAUGAAUGGAAUUUAGAGAAAUUUUAAUGUCAGGAAUUGCAUUCAAUAGUUUUGCUAUGCAUAAGCAAGGGAUAAGCCUUUAACGGGAAAAUAUUGUAUUUUAAUCUUUAAGCUGUAGGUGUGUAAUUUGGGGUGUUGGUUUGGAGGGUAAGUGUAUCAUUCCAUAGAUGAUAAGUUAUAAAAAUAUUUAUUGGGU